AUGAGCAAGCUUCACGACACUCAGAAAUUUCUGGCGUGAGAGCCCUUCUGCUCAUUGAUUUCCUUCCUCUUAGGGAAACUAUUUCCCGUUUAUUUCCGUAUUAGAUUAUCACCGUUUUCCAAUUAUCCGGAUUCGACGCCGAAUUCAGUAAAAUCGGGCUGGGGAAGGAGGAUUAUUACUUCUGGAAGCAGAUCGGGAAGGCUCUCAUCUGCACUUACACCGUUUUCGGAUUGGCUUGGCUCUGGAAUGAGACCUCCCCGCUAGGAUGGUUCACCCUCAAGCCUCGGCCCAAGGUGAGCCGUCCAUGACUCUAUCCGUUCUUGGGCAUACUCUCCGGGGAGGAAAGCUUCGAUCUAGUUGUCUCCUUCUCCUCCCCAGGAGGAGAAAGAAAUGGCCCACCUGUACGAGCGGCGGCGAUUUCCGUACCCGGGAGAUCAAGACGCCAUGGAGGAGUUCAUCCGCAGCGGCGGCGCAUUGGGCACCACCAUCGGCCCCAAGGGAUUCGUCGACUCCGGGAAGGACUCCGACAACUUCCAGAAGCAGCUCCAGACGAAGAAGUUCGAUCAGGAGGCACAGAAGCUGUGGCUGAGAAUGAGGAACGAGGUCAUCGCAGAGCUUCAGGACAAGGGCUUUGAUGUCGAAUGA